AUGGCAUUUGCUAACGCUUUCCGAUUGCCAGUCAUAGACUGUGGUACUUUGUGUAGAAGAAACUUCACAUCAUCCAGCCGAGCACUUUCGCAUGAUAAUCCUUUGGGCCUUCCGCGCUCCGGCACACCACCAACAUUUCGAAGCCGGCGUGGGUUACCGGAGAAGCGCAAGAUUCGAGAUGUUAAAAAAAUUGUUGCAGUUUCUUCAGCAAAAGGAGGUGUAGGGAAAUCGACAGUUGCCGUCAACCUUGCUCUCUCAUUUGCUCGUCGAGGUAUUCGAACCGGUAUCUUGGAUGCCGAUAUCUUUGGCCCAUCUAUACCCACAUUACUUAACCUCUCUGGCGAGCCUCGCCUUGAUGAACACAACUGCUUGGUUCCGUUGACAAAUUAUGGCCUCAAGUCCAUGUCAAUGGGCUAUCUUCUACCCCAAACCCAGGCUGACAGUUCAACGGGAGAGCUACCAAUGGAUACAACACCUAUAUCCUGGCGUGGAUUAAUGGUAACAAAAGCCAUGCACCAACUUCUGCAUUCCGUCUCAUGGGGCCCAUUGGAUGUUCUCGUUCUAGACCUUCCACCAGGUACCGGCGACGUUCAAUUGACUAUCAACCAGGAAAUUAUUAUCGAUGGCUCAGUCAUUGUCACAACUCCACAGGAUAUCGCUCUCCGCGAUGCUGUUCGUGGUUUUGGAAUGUUUCAGCGCAUGGAGGUCCCUGUACUGGGUAUGGUCCGCAACAUGGCUUAUUUCGCCUGCCCGAACUGUGGCCAUCAAACAAGGAUUUUCUCACAUGGCGAGGGCCACAAUUGUGAUGACCGCGGUGUGGUAGCAGAAUGCAACCGACUAGGUGUUGAUUUCCUCGGAGACAUUCCACUCGACGCUCGUGUGUGCGAGGAUGCCGAUCGUGGUAUGCCGACUGUUGUGGCGGAGGAGUCAGUAGAACGAAGUGCCAGACGCGAUGCCUUCCUCAAAGUUGCAGAGCAAGUAGCUCACAAGAUUGGCCUGGAUUGGAAGUAG